GUGAUAUCCUCGCAAGGAUCUUACUGAUUGAUUUUGCGGUUGGUAGUUUACCAUCUGUACUGCUGUCUGCGGGAACAUGAAGAGCUAUGUCACAACGACAGCGGAAAUGGCAUAUGAAGACGAGAACGGGUUGUAAGACGUGCAAGAUCCGCAAGAAGAAAUGCGACGAGACGAAACCAACAUGUCUAAGAUGUAUCAGAGACAAAUUCACUUGUGACGGGUAUGACCCUCCUCGAGCAUGGGUAUUCAAGCCGUCACAGAAGGAUGAUCUUGGGUCGGGUUCUCCGCCUGACAAGGCUACGGAGUCGUCGAUUUUGUCCUUGAUCGACCAAGAAAACGAUCUCUCCCAAUGGAACAGCACAUCCUCGGAACUAGACACUUGUUCUCUCUCCCUUGUGGCACCUUCAAGUCCAUGGGCCGCAGAAACAGACCGAAACUUCUGCCAGUAUUUCCUGUCACAAUUUGCACCCAUGCUCUCCACGACGGCACAGUGGGAGUACUUCUGGCACUCGACCGUCCCUCAAGCCGCCUGGUCGGACUCCUCUAUCAGCCACGCCAUGGUAGCCGUCGCGGCGACCUUUGAAUCCAGGAAAUCCGGCGUUGAUCGCACCGAGUUGAUCCUACACAGAAGCAACCUCGCCAUUCGGGCCUUCGCAGCUCAGCAAGCAUCCACGGACAUUGGUCUAAUCAUGUGCCGCCUCUUCUCCUCCAUGGCUCAAUGCAAAGGCGAUUUCCGCACAGCGACCAUGCACAUGAACUCAGGGCAGAAAAUCCUCCAAGAAGCGACCCGUACACGAAAGGCCAAGUCUUCCGACAUCCUCCGCCUUAUGGCCCCGACAUUACUGGCCUUGUCCACGUACACGAUCGACGACUCCGAUUUUGUCACACGCAUCUCCCCCGAUAGAUGGGAAUCAUUUCGCAUCCUCAAGUCUAUCCACCUGGAAUACGGACGCCUGUUGCGCUCCUUCACCUCCGCUCACUGGGACAGAGCAGCGCCAGGCACAAAUUCUCUUCUAUCCAUUGCCUGGAGCACGCUGACUCAGGCUUUCAGUUCCACGCUGCAUCCAGAUGUCAUCUCGUUCGCCGAAGAUCCCGUUGUCCCCGUCGCACAGAUCAUACCCACAUUACAAGCAGAGGAGGCUCUUCUCUCCAUCGACGAACUUAACGCCGAGUUCAGAUCAUUGAUCCGAGACCUGCAGUACAACUUUCACACAGCGGAGGGCGAAGCGUCUUUUUCCCAAGCUAUGAGACGCCGUAUCCGCCGCUUAGUCGACAAUUACGUCGUACAGGCCGCCGAGGUUGAACCUCGUAUGACAGCCGGGACAUUCUGGCACGAAUACGAUUUCCCACAUUGCUGCAUAGACAGCCACCUCAGCAAAUGUGAGCUGUCAGAGUCGAAACUCUACGAGACACACCUUGGUAAUACGGAAGUCCUCGACUUUGAGCGCAAGAAACACGACUUCUACGUAGAGCACGUCUGCCAGUAUAGGAGUGGAUUCAUGCCGACAUGACGACAUUCAGUGCCGCCGUGGCCAAGCUUGUUGAUGAGACGUUCAUACUGGAUAUCUGGUUAAGGCUAAAUUCAAGCGCAUCAACGCCAUCGGCUGAUCCGCCUCACUUGUUAGCUUCCCUCGAACAGCCGGUGCCAAUCUUGAGUCCUGAGUCCGCCUAUGCCCGGACUCAGGGGGCCGUACACGUCGCCGACGAUGGAUGCUGAUGGCUAGUAUGCCGGUCACAGUCCCGCUCCCGAGAUUUCUGCCCGACGGGGACGUCGAGAAAUACGAGCGGCUUCCAGCAAUGCCCAGAUUCGCGUUGAAUAGGCAUUUCAAGAAGACGAGUUGCGUCGUCGAUGUGCUCAGGCUGAGAUGGUGGACUACAUUUGGCAGUACUGCAGAUAUGGUUCUGGCAUGAUUGUGGACUACGAGCUCCUUGAAGGACGUGGGAGUUGCAAUACAGAACAUGCGGGUGCCCUGUGCAAGACGAGUCUACAUGGCUAGCGUUAGCUGGGGUGCUUCACCUAUGGCAAAGGAAGGCAUUGAUUGUACCAGUGAAUCGGCUGACUGUUCUCACGAUGCUCUCAGACUUCUCGUCGAAUCGGGCACGAUUGAUUUCGCUCAUGUGGUUUGUCCUUGCCGUGAAUGCUCGGGCAUGGGCUCGCUAGUGAAGGCCCCGUCCUGAACACACAAUCAGAUGGUCAAUUCUGACAGCAUUUAUGGGAGAAUGUGCGGGUAUUCUGAUCACAUCGCCGAUAUCUCGCUUGACAUCAUGAUGGCUACGUUGAGCCCGUCCGUUGCUCGGCGGAUGGUCUGGGAGUAUUCAUGCAAAAGGCAGCCAAUCGUUUCAGCUGCUGCGUACAAUAGCGGUUUAUAUGGGGAUUCUGCUUCUAGAACGGAUUUUCAGCCACCGUCGACUCGAUCAGGUGCAAUGCCACGACAAAGUUCUCUCAUAGGAUUUUAGUCAACGAUGCGUUCCUAUAUACAGGUAGACUGCGAUGCUUGACGUUGGCAAAGUACUCAAAUCAAC